AUGUCUUCAGGUCGCGAAGCAAACGGGCCAGCCCACGGAUCUCAGCACAGCGCCGCCGCUGCAACCAACAGCACCAAGGACAUGCCGCCCCCGACCCUGCCACCGACUGGUCCGAAGUACAAAACGGACGCAUCCCUGCAGCCAGCCAACGAAUCACCCCCGCUGAAACGGCGACGUGCCACAUCCGCGUCCGUAUUCCCCCAUGCUCCACAUCAAUCCUGA